CGCUCUUGUUUUCCUUUCCCUCAUCUGCCAACACAAUAUCUUUGUGGCCAUAACCUCCAAGAUGCGUCCCGUCCCUUCCCUUCGAGCCCUUCACGCUCUCCGCGCCCUGACACGCCUGACCAUCUCCGCCCCUUCAAAAUCUACACCAGCGACCCUCCGAGCUCCCACGGCACCGACGCUGCUGUGUAGUCCGCACCACCGCGCCUUCUCGACGACGCCCGCCCGCGCGGUGACGCUGAACCAGAUCCGCACGCGCCUGGGCUCGCGCAAGCCCAAGAAACUCCGCCACGCCGUCUCCCCGGCGCUCAGCGCCGCCAACCGGCCCGCCAUGAAGGGCGUGUGCCUCAAGGUCGGCAUCACCAAGCCCAAGAAGCCCAACUCGGGUCAGCGCAAGACCGCCAAGGUCAGGCUGUCCAGCGGCAGGGUCAUCUCCGCGUACAUCCCCGGCGAGGGCCACAAUGUGCAGCAGCACAGCGUCGUUCUAGUCAGGGGCGGCAGGAGCCAGGAUUGUCCGGGUGUCAGAUAUCAUUUGGUCCGGGGGGCUUUUGAUCUGGGAGGUGUGCCCACACGAAUGACCAGUCGAUCCAAAUACGGCACCAAGAAGCCGAAGACGACAUAAUCGUGGAUUGGCCUUUCUCAGAGCGAAGGUUGAAUCUGGAUCAAGCCGACUCAACUUCAGGUUCAGAUGACGGAGAGACAAGACAGCCAAUGGAGAUCAGUGAGAAGCAAGGAGAUGUAGAGCUUCCGUUGUCUCUCUAAAUUGACGGUGCUCUCAGCAUAUGAUCAAAGGGUUGCAAACCAGGAGGGGCCUCGAGAUGUCAACUGUGUCCCCUGUGCUGAUACAGGAUACACACCUCAAUUGGUGCUGUGGAUGGAAGUCAAGUCCACCUCUACGGUACCACCUUAUGCCCACCGCAAGAACGGCCGCUCCGCAAAUCUGGACCCGGAUCCGAACCAGACUCAGACCCAAUCUCUCAGCGUAUGUUACCGUACGAUCGUCCUUUCCAUUCACUCGAUGACAGUCUACCGAAUUCAGAUCCUCUCUCCUACACCUCCCUUCGCACGCUCCUACAGACCACACUCCAGAGAGACGAACAUAUUACCUUUGGACCAUCCAGCCGAGCAAUCCCGCAACCGAAGUCCACCGUACUUGCGCUACAAACAACGCGAUCUAACCUGAUCAUUUGAAAGUGGCGCAAAACCAAAUGCCCGCCUGGCCUGGAGAUGAGCUGUGCAUUGGAUCGAGGACGAAGUGCCGCUAGAGAGGCCGAGCACAGGGAUAGCGUUGGAGAUUUGAGAUUGGGAACGCGACUGUAUCGAGGACAUGGAAUAGAGAUGGAGGUGUAGCCUGGAUCGGGACGAAAGUGCCCCUCUUGUAUGUAUAUGUAAAAUGUAAAAUGUCAAACAUACCACGUGAAGCUCGUGUCAGGGGCCAGAGAUGCGGAAGACAUAUACACACAAGGAGCGUCAAAAGAGGCAAUUAUGUCAAGUCCCAAUGUGUACAACCCGUCUCUGAUU